CAUAACCUGUAAUAUGUUUUGAAGCGUGAUAGUGUCAAAAUAUCUAAAUAUUAAAUCAUUUUAUUAAUGGCAAUAAAAUUUAGUAGUCAUUGAUAUAGAUUUCAAUUAUUACUAUUGUGCAUAAUCAAUAUAUAUUAGUUGAUGAUAGUUUACUGUUAUUUGAAAUCAAAACAAAACAAGUAUUUUUAUCUUGAAAUUAUCAAAUUACCAACAAUGUCAGUAGUAAAUUUGAUAAUAACCCGUGGUAUUUCUACUACGUGUAGUCGAUUAGGAAAGCGUAAUUUUCGUAAAUUUGAACUGAUCAACAAACGUGGUACCAAAAUAUUCAAAAAGCAGCAGAUGGAAAACCCUUCACCUGAUUACCCUAUUGACAAGCGUGGAGUUAGAGAUACUGGGCUUAAGCAAGAUGGCAAAUUUAUUGAAUUGACUGAAAUGAUACCAGAAUUAAUUGUUCCAAAUUUAGAAGGCUUUAAACUGAAAGCCUAUGUUUCUUAUAGAUCCACAGAUGUUUUUCAAUCUGAAUUUACAGCAAAAGAUUUAUUUGAUGCUGUUUAUGCACAAAAGAUUGUUAAUGAUUUUAAAAAGAAACAGUUGAAACCUGAUGGGGAAUCAAUGAAUCCAAGUCCUGAAGAAAAACUCACUUCAAAUAAAGCCAGACAAGAAGCAAGUAAACCUGGAAACGACAUAUUCACAGCACCUCCAAAACCCCUAGGGCAUCUGUUUCCCGUGACUCCAAGAUAAUUUUAUUUCAUGUAUACACUAACACAGGCAAGCCAUUGAUUGUGCACAAUUAUUGUGCACACCAAUAUGGCAUGAAUCAGCUCUUGCACUAUGUUAUAGUUUAUGUGCAGAAUAAUUAUGUGCGUAAUCAAUGGCUUGCUCGCAUAUAAACACUUACAGCAUUUUAUAGUUUUGAUUCUAGUGCUUAGGAAAAACUGUAUAAGUUUUAUUAUAAAAUUAUUAAUUGUCAAUAAAAGAGUGUUAUUAAAAGUUA